AUGGAUGCUAAUCUCAACGACAUCAACAUUACAACAUGUGUCUAUCCCUUUCACAUUUUUUCAUCAAAAAUACAAUUCAACAACAUAUCAAUGCAAGAUAUUCUCGGUAGUGACGCAGCCAUUGACAUUCAAUUGUCUAGUGGUACUUGGUCGAAUCUACGUUUUGGCUUAUCGUCCAUCUCGCUCAUGAAUAGUUCCAUUUGGAUGGUAGAAAGUCGUAUUUAUUUUACAAACGCUCAAAUGAUAUCCUUGUCAAACAGUUGGGCACCUCUUGGACGGUACAUAAAUUCAAAUGUUACCUUUGAAAGUUCACUCUUUUACAAAAACAUUGGAUCGGUGAUUGGUGGCAUGGACGUUUCCAAUCGUACUCUAUUGACCAUUAUAAAUUCACAUUUUGUCUCAAAUAAUGGAAGAAGUGCAAGUGUAAUACGUUGCACCGACUCUUUUUUGACGAUUAUUAAUACACGUGUCAGUGAGAAUAUUGCAAGUAGUGCUGCAUCGAUUCUACUCAAUCACUGUCAAUUCAAAAUCAUAAAUUCAACAUUUGUUGCAAAUAAUCAAGCCCCUACACUCGGUUUGUAUGGGUCAACUGGAUCACUAAUCAGUGCAAGGUUUAUCAAUUCAUCUGCUUCAGACUCUAUCAUUGAUAUUGGACAAAAUAGUAAUGUCUAUAUUGAAACGGCUGAAUUUGGUAGCUUCUUCUCACUCAAUGAUGGUUCCUAUUCAGACAUGACAAUAGACAACAGUCAUGUUAUAGUUGUAAAUGGUCUCUUUUCAGGUAAUCUUGGUAUCAACAAACCUACUCUCUCAGCUUCACUUUCAAAUAUCAAUAUUACAAAUUGUAUUUUUGUUAAUAAUAGUAAUAUUUAUGGUAUUGGAGGAGAUAUAUUUUUAAAUGAAACUACAGCUUUUAUUUCAAAUACAUCAUUUACAUCUGGAGGAGCUCAUUUAGGAGGUUGUAUUUAUGCAGAGACAUCUAGAUUGGAGGGAGAGGACUUAAUAUUUGAUGGUUGUGCAUCGACUGCUGGUGGAUCAUUAUUUUUGAAAAAUUCUCCAUGGGUGACACUCAAGAAUUGUGUCUUUGUAUCGACCAUUGCUAAAUUGGGAGACUAUACAAAUUCACAAGACCUUAGAUUAUCGUCAUACCAGUACAAUGGUGGUGCCAUUUCCAUCUUUAGACCACAUUCUACGGGAACCGAUACAAGUUUUAUUUUCCUUGAACAUUGUAAUUUCACAAACACGUUUGCCUUUAACGAUGGAGGUUCCAUUUGGGCAAGUGACCAGUAUGCCAGUAUUCACAUCCACACGUCGACAUACUUUUCUGGUAACCUUGCAUUGGGUGGUGGAGGAGGUAUAUUCAACGAGGAAAGCUCGAUACUCACCAUCUCCAACAACACAAUCUACAAAUCCAAUUCAGCCAGUUAUGGCGAGAAUUUGGCAAGCAACAUUAUGGGUAUUUUAUUCGACAUUUCAGACAAUACUAUUCAACAUGGUAUCCCAUUCAUCAUCACCACUCAAAUGGUCGAUCGGUACAACCAGACGGUCAACAAUCGACCCGAUCUCUCGUUUGGUCUUCUCAUCACAAACGCCACAAAUACAACCACGCCUACCACCAUUUCCAAAGAUUCAAUUGGCUUUUUGGGUCAAACUCAGUUUUCCAUCACACUUGAUGGUCAGCCUGGUGACACUUACUUGGUGCAGGGUGAGGUACUAGACACAGACUUGGCAACUGUAGUCUCGGCCACUAUCAAUAUCACUAUUGUGGGAUGCCUCAACCAAACACAGUACAUUUUGGAUGGCAUAUGCACUCUUUGCCCUGUCGGAACCAUUGGAUACGAUGGAGUCACAUGCUACACUUGUCCACCCGAAACCACUUGUCCAACCGGCCAAAUAUCCCCUUUGCCAGGCUAUUGGUUUGAAACUCCCAUUUCAAACAUCCCAAUCGAUAUUUACAGGUGUGAUCCAACCGUUUGUAUCACUGGUGGAUGCAGACAGUACCACCAAGGUCCUCUCUGUGGUCAAUGUCAAGAAGGUACAGCCAAAUCUCUCAUUGUCUGCAACCCAUGCACACACGACAAUGUCGCUAUCAUCAUUGUCUAUGUUGUAUUCAAUCUUGCAUUGGCCAUUUUCAUUGCCCGUAUCAACAUUCCAUCUAGAACCAUUAUCUUUGCCAUGAUCACUACACUUCAAUUGUUGGCCAUCGUAGGAGAGCGUCAAAUUAGCUUUUUCUUUUUCUCCAUUUUCAAUUUUAGAAUAGACUUUUGGCCAACUUCUUGUGUAUUUUCAAAUUCAAUCUUUAAUAAUUAUCUUGCCAAAUAUUUAUUAAGUGUAUCAAUAAUUAUUUGUACAAUAUUUUUGGCAUUAAUUUUACCAAUAUUAAAUCGUACAAGAAGAUUAUUACGUAUUGUUUAUAGUCCUGCCAAAUUACCACAAAGAUUCUAUAGUUUGUUGUUACUUUUUUACACUCCACUAUCGUAUCUCUCGGCAACUGUCAUUCCAUGCAAAACAGUAGGUGACACUAAAUAUCUCAUCAUCGAUCAAGAGGUUGAAUGCUAUGGUAGUUUACAUGUCGCCAGUGUCACUGUGGCAGUAUUUAUCAUUAUUUUUGUCACAUUUGGACUGCCAAUCAUGCUUUACCGAAAACGAAUAAUGCUCAGACCACUAUUCCUUCACUUUAAAAAGACACAUCGAUACUUUGAUGCCGCCAAACAAUGUGUCGCCUUUUUAUUCACAUGGUCGUCAGCUACCCUUCCAUUUUACGAAUCUCAAUAUGCAUUGAUCCUCUUUGCCAUAUCGCUAGUAUACAUUGCCUUGAUUAUUAAAAUUCAACCAUUCAUCUCCAACACUAGAAUGUUAUACGAGACUUGGUUUGCAUGCUCCCUUACUCUCACAACAAUGAUUAUCAAUUCAAGAAAUUUCCAAAACAGUCAACACCAAGGGUAUCCAAUCAUGGGACUCUGCAUUGCAGUAGUUAUCAGUACCGCAAUAUAUUUAAUUCAAAAACAAUUUCGUAAAAAGAAAUUAUUUAAAAUCUAA